CUAUAUGCAGAGAGACCAGAUGUUUCAAAGAGCUUAUAGGUAAAUUAAAAACUUCAAGCGUGUAAAACAUAAAAGAGAAGGAAUGGAAACCCAAAAUUUCCGUGUUGUAUACCCCUGCAUUUUCUUUGGUCUGCUAUGUUUGUAUUGGUCUGAUGGAGUUGUUGGACAGAACUUGCAGGAGGAGGACAGUGUGUGCGAUGCUGAGGGAUGCUAUUCAAUUCACCUCCAGCGCAAGACUUUCCGUGAGUCCUGGAGGAGCUGCAAGGAAAAAGGGGGGAACCUGGCUACAAUUAAACGACCAGAGGAGGCAUCCUUGAUUCACGAGCUCAUAUCAUCAGGUGUGAGACGUGGCUCUCGGCCCAGAAUCAGACUGUGGAUCGGUCUCCAGCGCCAACCUCGGCAGUGCUCGGCCACCCGUCCUUUGAGGGGCUUCACCUGGAUCACCGGUGACCAGGAAACGCAGUACACAAACUGGCAACGAGAUGAAUUAUCCAAUGCGUGUGCUGCUCAUCGCUGCGUGGUCAUUACUUACAACACUGCUGACAAAAGUGUCAGUGACCGGAACAAUUUCAAAUGGAUGGAUGGCUCUUGCGCAGUGGCCGUGGAAGGUUUCCUCUGCCGCUAUGCCUACCAAGGCAUGUGCCCAGUGCUUCAAAAUGAGGGAGGGGGGCCUGCACUCUACACCACCCCGUUUGAGCUUUCCAGCACUGUUCUUACUCACAUCCCUUUCGGAUCUGUGGCCAUCGUCCCCUGCCCAGACGGUGAGAAGGAAGAUCAGUCGGUGCUUUGUAUGCUGAGGGAGGACGGGACUGUUGGGUGGUCUAAAGAUGGCCCACUCUGCACCGAAAUUACAAAAGACUGGUGUGAACAUGAAAACGGAGGCUGUGCGCAUUACUGUGUCAACACGGAGAGCCAAUACCACUGUGAGUGCUCUGAAAAUUAUGAAUUGGGAGAGGAUGGUAAGAGCUGCCAGCUUUCUGACCCCUGCCAAAAUGCCAACUGUGAAUUUGAGUGCGAGGCCACUCCUCAGGGCCACCGGUGCAAGUGCCCAGAGGGUUACUUACUGUCAGGUGACGGUCAAAGCUGUCUUGAUAUAGACGAGUGCUUGCAGAAGCCAUGUCCGCAGAUAUGUAUCAAUGCGCCUGGUACGUUUGAGUGUAGGUGCAUUGAGGGAUAUGAGCUCUCUGAGUUUGGAGAGUGUCUGGACAUAGAUGAAUGCAUGGAAGGAAAGUGCGAUCAAUUGUGCGAGAACUUGCCGGGUUCCUACAAGUGCAGCUGUCACGACGGAUUCUCGCCGCUAGCGAAAGAUCCAGAUCAAUGUGAAGACAUUGAUGAGUGCAAAUUUGAAAACAUUUGCGAUCAGGUUUGCCGAAAUUACGAAGGUGGAUUCGAUUGCCUUUGUGAGGAGGGGUAUUUGUUGCAAGAGGACCGUUACUACUGUCGACCAGUUGAAGAUGAUGUUGAACACUUGACGGCUGAACCGACUGACGUAAAAUUACAAGAUAUUGCCUUGAAUCCAGAACUAGUAACAGAUGGCAGUCCUGCAGAAUGGUUUACUGAGCCUCCAAGGGUCGAGUGGUUUCCUACGUAUUUAAACUGGUUUACAGAGAUGGCACAGGAAGGAGAUGUGACCACGCAGGAAGCUGAUUUAAUAGAGUACCCAACUUCUCAAUCAACGUCAUCUCAUUUCGCUGAUUCAAAUGAAGAGGAUGCAAAACUGUGGAUGCACGAGGACGAGGAAAUAUCAGUGGCGAAUGGUGAUAUAGAAGAUGCAAGGACUUUAGAAGACAACACACCCUCAUAUGCCUCCACACUAGUACCACAAGAUAAAGUGGAUUUUGUUAUGCUCACCCCAGCAACAUCUCAAAUACCAGAAGGUACAUCGGUAUCAGAGGCAGAACAGCGUCCAGACGCAAGGAAGAAGCAUGACAAAAGCUGGCUGCUGGUGGCACUGCUAGUACCACUCUGCGUCUUUAUUGUGGUCAUGUUGGCACUAGGCAUUGUUUAUUGCACCAGUUGUGCAGUUGAGCCACGAAACAAAAGUGUGACGGACUGUUACCGCUGGACCACCACCCCAAAGCCUGAAAAGCCAAACACUGCUAAAUCCCGAGCUUGAGUAACGCAGAGUUGACAUGACUUUUUAAAAAACAGCAGUGACUCUGGACUUUGUCAAGCUGUUUUGGUGUGUUCAUUCACACUGAAGUCACUCUGGUAUUCUGUAGGAUCCUGUGGAAUACACUGUAGGGAUAAAUUGUCAAUUUAGUCAGAAUUGAGCAUUCUGACAUUGGUUUUUAGAGAAUGCAGAGGAUUAAAUAAAACACAUUAACAACCCUUAACAAAUCCAGGAGGCACAGUAACCCUAAAUGCUCAGAUAUUAGUGUGCAUAGAAAUAUGCCACAUGAAUUUUUGUGGAAAUUAGGACAUUGAAACUUUGGUAAGUGUGGUAGAGGUUCGUCUCUAUAGAAUUUAGCAUGCAGCUCUUUUUCAUACAUGUUUUUUAUUCACAAAGUCUUUAACUGGAAAUAAAAUAAUAAUUUAAAAUCAAACACCAGCUCAUUUUUUUGAGUCACACAAGUUAUGUUACAGCACCCCCAACAGUAUGUAACUUAAACUGCUUAUCGACACUAUUCUACACAUUAGAGAUGAAAAGAUCUAGAUGCAACUAAUAAUUUAAAGUUAAAAUACUUCAUAUUAUCUGAUCAAAAUGUUUUUGUCUAAAGGGGACAUACUUUUGGAUCAAAUGUAUAGGAAUACCUGUGUUACCUGAAAUUUUUUCUUUAUUGGUAUUUUCAGCAUUUUGGUAAAAUUAUGAUAACAGAGAAAAUAAAUAUUAUUACAGUAAAAACAAUAAGAAAAUAGCAGAGACCACGGAAAACUAUGAGACGUAA